AUGGAUUAAUUUAUUCGUCAUUCUAAUAAUUUAAAACAGAAUGUCAAUAUAAUAGAAUCAGUUUCUUCCCUCUCAGAACUUGCAAUUUUAGGAGAUUAAAAAGAAUCAGAUAUAUUUGAGUAAUCUUAUAAAAACUAUCUUAUUAGUCAAUUUAUUGAAGAAAAGGUUGUAGAAGAGUUUGUGAGAAUAUUAAAAUCAACUAAAGAUACCAAUAUAGUAAAUACUAUAUUACAUUAAAUUUCAAUGCUUAUGUAACAAAUAUUAAAACUAAAUAGAACAAACAUUGAUAAAAACAUAGUUGUGCUUCUUUCUUUGCCUUAAUUAAAUGAAUUUAUUAUAUACAACUAUGAUCUCAACAAUGAAGAAACAUAGGAUUACUAUAUUAAUUUUAUUAAAAUUCUAUCAAAUAAGGUAACCAAAGGCAACAUUAAUUUAUUCUUUAAUUAGGUAUGCAUUGAUUAUAGACUUGAUAGAAAUACGCAUAAUUUCCACUUCUAUUAUAUUCUUAAAAUUUUUAUAAUGCUAAAGAUAAUUUAACUAGAACAUAUACAAGACAUAUUUUAUUAUCAAUUCUUUAAAUUGUAUAAAAUAGUUCAAAUGAAUAAAUACUUUUGUAAUACCUAUAAUCGUAUCCAUUUUUAUAGGUAUUAACAAAUCACAUUUCAUUUAUGAAUGAACUAUUAUUAAAAUGGAGUAAAGAUUAAGAUUACUUUCAUGAAGAGUUAAAAAAUAUGUAUUACUUUUUUAAAGACUUAUAUAAUAUAGCACCAUAUUUAGCUGAUGUAAUUAUUUACUUAAUUUUAGACUUUAGAUAAUUUAUUUUUCAAGAUCAUAAUAUAACCUAUUUAUUAAAUACUUUAAUAGAAAGAUGAGAAUGCUAAAAAAUAAAGUUGUCUAAUAUUAUUAAGCCUUUUUAAUGCUGAAGUUCAAUUUAGUUAUCAAUUACUUUUGAGCAUUCUUAUUCUUUUUUUUUCCCCAGAAAUUCCAAAAAUUCAAACACUAUAAUUAGAAUUAAAUUAUUUACCAACUAAAGAUCCAGAAUUGGUGAAUUAAUGUAUAAGGUUUUUUAAAAAUUUUUAGAAAGAAGUUAAGGAUGGAGAAAAAAGUAAUGGUUUAUUGUAAUCUAUUACACAAACCAUAUCUUAAGUUUCCUAUAAUGCAAUAUUUGUUAAAGAAAUUCCAAAAUAAGGAAUAUAUGAGGCUUUAAAUUCCUAUGGAUACAUUCAAAAGUUAAAUUCAAGUAUUUUAUUUAAGGAAAACUUUUUAAUUUCUGAUGAAUACAUUAAUAAUUAGUAAAACUAUUAAUUAUAUAUUUAUUUAGUCUUAACGAAGAACAUUAUAACUCAAUAUUAACGGUGUUAGAAACAUUGACAAUAAAUAAAACUUUAUAGUUUCUAUCUGAGUUUUAAAAAGAAAGAUUUAUACUUGAUUUAUUUAAUGUAAUGUAUGAUGAACAACCAAACCUACUGAACAACUUAAAGAAUUGUUAAAAAAUUAUUUAAAUUGUAAAUUACUUACUUGAUAAUUCAGAUUAAAACUUUAUAAUUACUUAUAUUAGGAUUAAAUUAUUAAAGUAAAUGGAAUAACAUAUUUAAUCUUAAACUAUUGAAUAUUAUCGAUAUUUUUCAUAAAUUUUAUAAUCCGUUUCAGAAAAAAAUUAUGAGCCUUUCUAUAGGAUUCCUAUUACUCAUUAGAUUAUUAGAUUCAUGCUUUUAUUAGAUUUUAGUUUUUAAAAAAAUUGGCUAAAAAAUCCAUUUUAAAAAACUUUUAAUCCUCUAACGUACUAAGAAUUAUAAUUUAACAAUGGAUUAGUAAAAUUAGAUAAUUUAUAAAUCAUAACUGAAAAUAUAAAUUUUCAUUUAGAUUAAUGGAAAUUAAUAUUUUAAUAAGAACAAAAGCAGACAAUAAUUUUUAUGAAUUUAAUUAAUGAUGAGAAAUUAGAAUUAGCUUUUAAUGAUAUAAAAGAAGCAGAAAAUUUUAAGUUAGAAGUCUAUUAAAGACAAUAAGACUCAGAAUAACAUGUCGUUUCUUAAUUAAUAACAUAAUUGUAGUAAUUGUACUUUUGA